CGCGCGACGCCCCCGCCCAGCCGUGGGCGCGUUCGACCGCCGCUGAAACUUGGCUGCCGCGCUGGAACGUGGACGAUGAUUCUCGACAGGCAACCUGGAGGCAUGGCAAUGCUCUCUCUCAAGAUCAGUGUGCCUGACAACAAGGUCAUCAAGACUAUCCAGUUUGAGCCUGGCACGCUAGUCUACGAUGCCUGCCGGCUCAUUCGUGAUAAAGUUCCAGACUCUGCUCUUGGAGACGCCAAAGAGUAUGGGCUGUUCCUGACAGAUGAUGACCCAAAGAAGUCUGGCUGCUGGCUAGAAAAUGGCAAGGCCCUCGGCUACUACCUGCUCAAAUCAGGGGACACCCUGGAGUACCGCAAGAAACUGCGGCCACUCCGUGUGCGCAUGCUGGAUGGCUCCGUGAAGACGGUGCUGGUGGACGACAGUCAGCCCAUUGCCAACCUCAUGGUGGUCAUCUGCACCAAGAUUGGCAUUACCAACCAUGACGAGUUUUCCCUGGUGCGUGACCUACCAGACGAAAACAAGGAGCCUAACACAGGAACACUGACCCUGCGCAGAGAGAAGAAGGACAAGGAUCGCGACCAGAAAAUGGAGCAGCUCAAGAAGAAACUCAAGACUGACGAUGAUUUGAACUGGGUGGACCACUCCAAGACACUGCGCGAGCUGGGAGUGGAUGAAGACGAGAUGCUUACCCUGCGGCGGAAGUACUUCUUCUCUGAUUCAAACGUUGACUCGAGAGACCCGGUUCAGCUCAACCUGUUGUAUGUUCAGGCCCGAGAUGCCAUCCUGAACACAACUCACCCUGUGACACUAGAAGAAGCCUGCAAGUUUGCAGGUCUCCAGUGCCAGAUACAGUUUGGCGAUCACAACGAGACCAAACACAAGGCCGGUUUCCUGGACUUGAAGGAGUUCCUGCCAAAGGACUAUGCCAAGAUUAAGGGCAUCGAGAAGAAAAUAUUUGCGGAGCACCGCAAGAACAUUGGCACAUCUGAGCUGGAUGCCAAAGUGAAGUACGUCGCUUUGGCUCGCUCCCUCAAAACCUAUGGUGUGACCUUCUUUCUUGUCAAGGAGAAAAUGAAGGGGAAGAACAAGCUAGUGCCACGGCUGCUUGGGGUCACCAAGGACAGUGUCAUGCGCCUGGAUGAGCGCACCAAAGAGAUCAUGAAAGUGUGGCCCCUGACCACUGUCCGUCGCUGGGCUGCCUCACCAAACAGUUUCACUCUGGACUUUGGAGACUACUCCGAGUCGUACUACUCUGUGCAAACCACCGAGGGAGAGCAGAUCUCACAGCUCAUUGCAGGCUACAUUGACAUCAUUCUCAAAAAGAAAAAGGCCAAGGACCACCUGGGCAUUGACGGAGAUGAGGGCUCCACCAUGGUGGAGGACAGUGUUUCACCAGCCAAGGCCACCAUCCUGCAGCACACACCUGCCGCCAAGCCCUCUCAGCCGGCCGUGGGCUUGGUCGCCCUCCCAGGAGUGGUCCGCCCUGGCACCAAAGGACCUCAGGUGCCAGUCAAGGGCCACAUGCCAGCCCCUCAGCAACAAAUGGAGACGGGCCAAGCCAUCAGCGCACACAGCGCAACCACACCGGCCCAGCAGCCACACGUGCGGGAGCUUCAGUCCGAGCCGCAGCGUGCCCUGCUGGGCAGCCUUGGUGCUGGUCGGGAUGCUGUUCAAGCCUCACUGCGGGAGCUGGAGGUGCCCCAGGCCCGGCCCCAGCUGGGCUCGGACCCGGCUUCACUGCAGUGGCGCCAGAGCCAUCUGGACACCCACCGCCAGAAUGUCAGCUCCCAGAUUGCAGCCAUGAACGCAGCCACUGCGCAAGUGGUCACCCUCACCGCAGGUCCACCAGAAGAAGUGGACCAGCCAGCGGUUGGAGCAGCCAUCACCACUAUUGCCAACAAUUUGCCUGAGAUGUCGAAGGAUGUGAAGAUGAUAGCGGCCCUGAUGGACGAUGAGGACUCGGGCGAGAAACUGCUGGACGCAGCACGCCGCCUCUGCAAUGCCUUCUCCGACCUGCUUCGUGCUGCAGAGCCUCAGAACAAAGAGCCCCGCCAGAACCUGUUGAAUGCUGCCAGCCGAGUGGGUGAGGCUAGUCAUGCUGUUCUGUACACCAUUGGCGAGGAGGAUGAAGCAGACCUGGAGCUUCAGGAUCAGCUGCUGGCCGCAGCCAAGCAGGUGGCCAAUGCGACGGCAGCCCUGGUGCUGCAGGCCAAGAAUGUGGCCUCCACCUGCGAUGACCAAGGCCAACAGAACCGGGUGAUUGGUGCUGCCACUCAGGGAGCCCUGGCCACUUCCCAGCUUGUGGCCUGUGCAAAGAUAGUGGCACCAACCAUCACGAGCCCCAGCUGUCAGGAGCAAUUGACCGAAGCCUCCAAGGAGGUUGGCAAGAGUGUGGAUGCCAUUGUGGCCAGUUGUGAGGAGGCCACCCACCAGGAGCCCCUGCUGUCCGAUCUGCGUGCAGCGGCCGCACAGGUCAGCCGGGCCCUUGAAGAACUGCUGCUGCUCAUCCGAGGGGCACCCGAACGGCGUGCACGGGCCACACUGGCACAGGACGGGGCACUGGACACCAUUUUGGACGCCACUGACCGGCUCUUCUCCAGCACUGGGGAUGCACCGGAGAUGGUGCGACAGGCCAAGGUUCUGGCACGAGCCACAGCCCAGCUGAUCCAGGCCAUCAAGGGCGAAGCUCAGGCCGAGCCAGACUCGGACCAGCAGAAGCGACUGCUAGCGGCUGCCAAGGUGCUAGCCGAUGCCACUGCCCGCAUGAUUGAAGCUGCCAAGGGCUGUGCCAGCAAUCCCCAUGACUCGGAAAACCAGGCUGCCUUGCGGAAAGCAGCGGAAGAGCUUCGUCAUGCCACCAAUGUGGCAGCCAGUAAUGCUCUCAAGCGCAAGAUCAUUGUUCGCCUGGAGAAUGCUGCGCGUCACGCAUCUUCAGCUGCGACACAGAAUAUUGCGGCAGCUCAGAACUCGGGUCCCUACAACAGCAACAUAAUGCUUCAGGAAGAGCUCAUGAGCAGCUGCCGGGACGUGGCUGGUGUCAUCCCUCGAGUGGUGCAGGGCAUCAAGGGCACCGUGGCUGAACCGGACAGUCCUAUGGCUCACCACAAGCUGCUCACCUCGUGUCAAGAACUUAUCCCGCCGGCCAGCCAGAUGGUGUCGGCAUCCAAAGGCUGUGUGCCUACCAUUGUGGAGCCGGCCUGUGCUCUGCAGCUGAGCAAUGCCACCAAGCAGAUGUCAUCUGCAAUGUCUGACCUGCGUAUUGCCUUAGACAAGGCCCAGGAGACAUGUGGGCGUCAGCAGCAGGAAAUCGACAGUGCAUUGGAACGCAUCCGGGAGUUGGAUCAGGAGCUGGUGGACAUCCACAGAGCAGCACUGGCCAACCAGCUGAGACCCCUUCCUGGCGAAAAUUGUGAGCUGUGUGCCCUCAAGUUGGGUGCCACGUCAAAGGUGGUUGGAUCCUCCAUGGCCCAGCUGCUCACCGCUGCUUCCCAGGGUAACGAGAGCUACACUGGCACAGCGGCCCGAGACACGGCCAGUGCACUGCAGCAGCUGGUGGAAGCAGUGCGCGGUGUGGUGGCAUCCAGCGGAGAGGCCAAGCGUCUGGUGGAGCCAGCACGCCAGGUGCUGGAACGAUCGUGCCAACUGCUCGAGGAGGCUCGCCAGGCCGUGCUGCGGCCAGACGAGCCGGACAAGCAGCAGCGGCUGGCACAUGUGGCCAAGUCAGUGUCAGCAGCUCUCAACGCUUGCAUCAACUGCCUGCCGGGCCAGAAGGAUGUGGACGAUGUGAUUCGCACCAUCACCGAAAGCUCACAGGCGCUGAAUGCUCGUGAGUUCCCCAGCAGCAGCAGGUCGUACAGUGAGCUACAGACCAACCUGAACGAAGCUGCUGCAGAACUCAACGAAGCCACUGGCCACAUGGUGCAGUCCUCGCGCGGCAACACUGCCCAGCUAGCAUCGUCUGUGCGCCACUUCGGGACAGCCUUUGGCAGCUUGCUGGGCUGUGGCAUGGAGAUGGCUGGCCAGACCCAGGAUCAAGAGGUGCGCUCCCAGAUGGUGGUGAGCCUGAAGAAUGUGUCGAUGGUGUCGAGCAAGCUGCUGGUGGCAGCCAAGUCGGUGGCGGCCGACCCAAGUGCCCCCAAUGCCAAGAACCAGUUGGCUGUAGCCGCCCGCAACGUCACCGAGAGCAUCAACCACCUUGUGAAUGUGUGCACCUCGGCUGCGCCUGGACAAAAAGAGUGCGACAGUGCGGUGCGCGCCAUUCAGAUGAUGCGCCCUAUGUUGGAUCAGCCCAACGAACCAGUCAAUGACCUCACCUACUAUGACUGCCUUGACACCGUGCUGGAGAGGUCACAGAGCCUGGGGGAUGCGAUGACUGGCAUUGCCAACCAUGCCAAGCACGGUGAACACGAGCAGUUCAGCGAGAGCGUGCGGGAAGUGUCCACUGCCAUCUGCACCCUGGUGGAGGCUUCAGCCCAGGCGGCGUACCUGGUGGGUGCAUCAGAUUCCUCCAGUAUGGCAGGCAAGCCCGGUCUAGUGGACCUGUCACACUUUGCACGGGCUAGCCAGGCCAUCCAGAUGGCAUGCCAGCAGCUCUCAAAUCCAGCCAGCAGCCAGCCACAGAUUUUGUCAGCAGCUACAGUGAUUGCCAAGCACACAUCGUCCCUGUGCAAUGCUUGCCGAGUAGCCUCAUCAAAAACGACCAAUCCUGUUGCAAAACGCCACUUUGUCCAGUCAGCCAAGGAUGUGGCGAGUGCGACUGCCAGCCUCGUCAAGGAAAUCAAGGUACUGGACCAAGAGCCAAGCGAUGCAAACAGGCAGCGGUGUGGAGAUGCCACACGACCGCUCAUAGAUGCUGUGGACAGCCUCACCACAUUUGCCAGCUCUCCUGAAUUUGCUGGAGUGCCUGCCAAGAUUAGUCACAAGGCCAGGGUCGCCCAGGAGCCCAUCCUGGCAGCUGGGCGCUCUAUCAUUGAUGGCUCAUGCAGCAUGAUUUUGUCAGCCAAAUCCUUGGUGCUGAACCCUAAGGACCCACCAGCCUGGCAGAGCCUGGGCGCCCACAGCAAGGAGGUCUCAGACGGCAUCAAAAGGCUCGUCUCAUCAAUCAAGGAUGAGGCCCCCGGCCAGAAGGAGUGUGACGAGGCCAUUGACAAGUUAAACGCUGCCAUCCGGGAGCUGGACCGUGCAUCCCUGAACAUCCUCAGCCAGGAUAGCACACACCAGGCUGACAGCAGCAUGCUCAAGACUUAUCAGGAGCAUACGGAGUCGAGUGCAUCGGAGAUCUUGGACAUCAUUGAGCCCCUACGUUAUGCAGCCAAGGGAGAAGCUGAGAAGCUGGGACACACGGUCAACCAGGCAGUUGGCUACCUGGGCCCUCUGGUGCAGAAUGUCAUAGCGGGGGCCUCACAUACCCUUCACUCCAAGCGCCAGAUGGCGCUGCUCGACCAGACCAAGACUGUGGCCGAAGGCAUGCUGCAACUGGUCUACGCAUCCAAGCAGGCCGCCGGCAACCCAAAGGCGGUGCACGUGCAUGGUGACGUGGACGAGGCAGCAGAUAAUACACGAGAUGCCCUGCAAGAGCUCUUGCGCACCCUGGAGUCGGCAGCCACUGAGGCGGGUGUCGUCACUGGCCUUGUCGACUCAGUCAGCAAGGCCAUGUACCGGCUAGAAGAGCGCUCCACCAUCACCAUCAGUGGCCUGCGCUCCAGUGGCAGCUACAGCAGUGCGCUGGAGCCCGAGUUGUCCUAUGUGGACUACCAGACACGCAUGGUUCGGUCGGCCAAGGAGGUGGCCCGAGUGGCACAGGACAUGGUCACCCACGCCAGCCACGACCCAUCCCGGCUCACACCUCUGGCUGCCGACUUGUCGCACCACUAUGCUGCCCUAGCAGGAGACGCUCGAGGGGCCAUGGCCACCAGCACCAGCAUGGAGGUUCCUGGGCGCAUCCGUGCAGGAGUGCAGGAUUUGGGCAAGGCAUGCAUCAGUCUGACCAAGUCGGCCGGUGCUUGCCAGAGCAGCCCCGGGGACAUCUACACACAGCGGGAACUGGCUGAGAACGCUCGUUCAGUCUCAGAAAAGGUGUCACACAUUAUGGCAGCCCUGCAGGCCGGCUCACGAGGCACCCAAGCAUGCAUAAAUGCAGCCAGCACGGUGAGUGGCAUCAUUGGCGACCUGGACACGACCAUUAUGUUUGCCACUGCGGGCACCCUGCACUCGGAGAAAGAGGGCGACCAGUUUGUGGACCACCGGGAGAACAUCCUCAAGACGGCCAAGGCCCUGGUGGAAGACACCAAGACUCUGGUGGCCGGUGCAGCAUCCAGCCAGGAGCAGUUGGCUGUGGCCGCCCAGAAUGCCGUCUCCACCAUCGUGCAGCUGGCCGAGGCGGUCAAGCUGGGUGCUGCCUCGCUGGGGGCUCACAAUCCAGAGGCUCAAGUGCUGCUCGUCAAUGCAGUCAAGGACGUCGCUGCGGCCUUAGGGGAUCUAGUGCAAGCCACCAAGGCAGCUUCGGGAAAGGGCAUCGACCAUCCAGCCAUGGCACACCUUAAAGACUCAGCCAAGGUGAUGGUGACUAAUGUAACGUCGCUGCUCAAGACGGUGCGAGCUGUGGAGGACGAGCAUGCACGUGGCACGCGGGCCCUGGAGUCCACUGUGGAGGCCAUUUCACAGGAAGUUCGGGCAUUUGACUCGAGUGAGCCACCGUUGCGGCAGGCUGGUCCCGAAGACCUGGUGCGUGCGACACAGCCUGUCACCCUGGCCACUGCCAAGGCCGUGGCAGCUGGCAACAGCGGACAGCAGGGAGACAUCAUAGUGGCCGCCAACAUGGGCCGAAAGGCCAUCUUUGACCUCCUCUCAGUCACCAAGUCUGCCUCGUGCUUGGCUGAGACCCAAGAGCUCAAGUCACGAGUGCUCAGCUCAGGCCGGGAGUGUGCCAUUCGUUAUCGAGAGCUUCUCCAAUUGGUGCUUGAGGUUGUCCAGAAGCCUACUGCAGAAGGCAAACAGACACUGGUGUCAACGUCACGCAACAUUGCUGUAGCCGUCACAGAAAUAGUGGCUGCUGCAGAAGCUCUGAAAGGCACUGACUGGGCCGACCCGAAUGACCCCACAGUGAUUGCAGAAACGGAGCUGCUGGGCGCUGCCUCAUCGAUUGAAGCAGCCGCUCGGAAGCUAGCCAACUUGCAACCACGCAGAAGCGUCAAGGAAGCAGAUGAAAGCCUCAACUUUGAUGAGAUGAUCCUGGAAGCUGCCAAGUCAAUUACAGCUGCUACGUCUGCCUUAGUUCGGGCUGCUUCAGCUGCCCAAAGAGAGCUUGUUGCAGCUGGCAAGCUGGGUGAGCGGUUACCGUGCAGUUCAGCUGACGGCCAGUGGUCCGAGGGCCUGGUCUCAGCGGCUCGCCUUGUCGCAGCAGCCACGCACAGCCUGGUGGAGUCUGCAAACUGGCUGGUGCAAGGCCAGGCAUCGGAAGAGAAGCUCAUCUCCUCAGCCAAGCAGGUGGCCAGCUCCACAGCACAGCUUCUGGUCGCUUGCAAGGUGAAAGCAGAGCCCGACUCAUCAUCAAUGCGAGGCUUGCAGGCAGCAGGCAAUGCUGUCAAGCAGGCCACCGAUCACCUGGUGCGUGCAGCACAGCGAUCCAUUGCACAGGAGCAGGAGUUUCGACUGGUCAUCAACCAGCGCAUGGUGGGCGGCAUUGCCCAAGAGAUUGGUGCUCGUGAAGAGAUUCUGCGUAAGGAGCGUGAGCUCGAGGAGGCUCACGAGCGGCUGCGACAGCUGCGGCUUGCAAAGUAUGGCAGUACUGCUGACGGCAUGCGCUAGCCAUGGAGCAACUUUAAUGGCAGCAAAAAGUAUCGUGGGCUGUCUGUUUGUGAGCAUGUGCAUCAAUGAGUUGCUUUGAUGGAAUGCCGUCAGGUGAUGUGUAGUCAUUGGAAAGUAGCAAGCCACUCAUCACGGUCAAAACAAAAAAGACAUUUUUGGUAUUUCUUUAGAUCCUUUGUUGACACUAUUUCUUUUGCUUUUCGUUCAGGAUCACUAUGCAUUCCUUGUUCACAAUGGAAAUGCUGGCUAAGUAGAAGUUUCUUAGAAAGUCUUGAGCGCUCUAUAAAAAUUUGUCUGUACCUGUGAUUGAGUGCCAGAUGGUCUGUACAGUGUGUUGAUUCAAAAUCCAAGAUGAAGUGCCUUGUUAUCAGGUUCCUUUCUGUGGCUAAGAUAUGAGCAUUUUCCCAGUUGAUUUCGUGAUAUGUCGUCUGGGCAUGUUCGACAGCAGCAUUUGUCAUUGCAUGCCGUUUAGCGACGAUAUUCCUGUGCUGCUUCAGACAUCUGCAAGAAUUUUCGCUCUCGUCAUAGGGACGGGUUUCUGUAAGACUUACCCUACGAGUGUGGUGAAGGAAGGACAUGGCACUCCCCCACAACCCAUUAAGGCAUUGUGGCUGGGUUUGUCUACUCUCAGACACAGUGCGAAAAUGGCACACAAGGCGGACUGUGAACAAACGGGGAUGCCUAGGAUGCAGCGCAGUGCAACAGUCACAGAUUGUGGGCAGAGGGAGGCUCACCGCAAGACUGAUCUAGUGCGCAUGCCUACAGUGCUAUUCGCUGACCAAAGGAAGGGCACAUGAACAAGAAGUUGUUCAUGUGCAGUGUUCAACUCAUUGCAGGCCUGUGUCCACAGCGAAAGAGUUCCAGGCGGAUCAGAGCUCGAAGGGGCUGUAACGGGAGUCAAUCAGCAAGGGCGUGUACAUCUACACCGGGAGGGAGACGCACUGUUUGUGCCAAAAAAUAAGCCUAGUGUGCUAGCUGUGUCCACCAUCAAUGGUGGUUCCCGAUAAUCGAACUAACUCGGGGCUGGCACAGUGCCUGUGAUGAGGCACGUCAUCCCCACACGCCACUGUACACCCAAUUGCAGUCAGCACAAGGAAUGUCCAUGCUUUGGGCUUGCUUGUGACAUGCACAAUUCAUGUCCCAGGCUUGCUAACAACAAGGGUGGGGGCUUUACCCACAGCUGCUUUGAAAGGGA